AUGCCUGGAUGCUUUAAAAAGACCUGGUUUGCCCUGGCGUCUUUCCUAAGCUUUGUGUCUUUUGUCCUGAUCGUCACCGCCGUGGCAAUCCCGCACUGGAUGAGCGGGAAGAUCCUCUGUAAAACUGGGGUUGAUCUGGUCAACGCCACGGACCCAGAGCUGGUCAAAUUCAUUGGCGAGCUCUAUUAUGGACUCUUCCGGGGCUGGAAGGUCCGGCAGUGUGGGCUGGGGGGACGGCGGUCCACUUUCACCGUCUUUCCUCAUAUGGUGAAGUCGCUGAACUCGGUCCUCCAUGUGAUGAUUUUACUCUUCUUAUUUGUGGCCAUGGCCUUGGCUCUGGUCAGCAUGGGAUUCGGAAUCCUCAAUACGGUCAGAGUACCGUACCUGGCAGUAAAUGGCCCUGGGGGGAUAUGCCUGUGGAACGUACUUUCAGGCAGUUUUGUGGCGCUGGCGGUUACUAGCUUCGUGGCGGCUGUUAAAUUUCACCACCUUACGGACCGAAUUGCUAAUUUCCAAGAGAACGUCUUCCAGUUUGUAGUCGUGGAAGAACGGUACGAAGAGUCGUUCUGGAUCUGUGUGGCGAGUGCUACGCCUCACGCAGCCAACUUGUUGGUAAUCGCCAUAAGUCAGAUUCCUCUUCCGGAACCAAAGACCAAAAUAGAAGAAGUCCAUGUUACUGCCGAAGAUAUUAUGUAUUAGGAGCCUUCUCUCGUCCCAGAAAUACUUUCUGUGGUAUGAACUGAGCAUCCAUUCUUCGGUCCUGAUACUUUUCAUCUGGAAGAGAACUUCUUUUCCAUUAAUAGUGCAAUGACUAAUUAAUCGGAAAUAAUGCAGUAUUUUAAGAGGUUUCUUAGCGGUCAGUUGACAAUAUCCCCCGUGUUUUUGCCUGUAAACUGUAUUCUUCAUCAUCCUGACCGUUAGGAUAAACUGUGAGCCCGUUGUUGGGCAGGGAUUCUCUCUAUCUGUGGCCGAAUUGUACAUUUCAAACGCUU